GCUUCAGGAAAGCACACAGUUGAUGUGCAACAACUAAAAGAUGAAGCAAAUGAAUCCAGGAACACGUUAUCUCAGAUGGAGAAGGAAUUAGCAAAUGUAAAAGCUGAACUAGAGGUCUAAAAAGAAGCAAAUAAUAGAGCACCCACAGCAAUACUGAAAAACCUGGUGGACCAGCUGCAGAUCCAGUUAGCCAUAAAAGAGAAGCAGCAGAAAGCUUUCAGUCAAGUACUUCUGGAACUCCAAGACAAAAUGACUGCUAAUGCUGAACAGCAGAUUAUUUCUGCUGCGUCACAAGAAGAGGUGUAUAUGAAUGUCCAGGGGAUUGUUGACAGACAAACAAAGGGGCUUAUGACACAGAUAGAGGAAUUAAAUAAUCAGAUUACAAAAUUUACAGAUAACCUCAAAAUAAGUAAAACCCGGGAAAGUUCUUUGUCUGAUGAAAGGGAUGAGUUGAACCAAGAGCUUCAGAAGAAACAAAAGUAUUUGCUAGAAUGUUGAGAAAAAAAAAAAUGAAAUGGAAAAGAAAAUGAAGAACUGAAGAAACGGAUUGGGAGGCUGAGCAGUAGCAUUCACAUAGAGACAUCAGGAAUAGGAUCAGAUGAUCAAUAUUGAAGAGAACAAGAGGUUUUAAAGGAAAAUUUAAGAUAAUAAUCUGAAAACACUGAGCUAAGAUUCCAGCUAGAGCAGGCCAGUAAAGAUUUGCCAAGACUAAAGGACCAAGUAGAUAACUUAAAAGAAAUGUGUGCUUUUAAAAAAGAGAAAGCAGUUGUUGAAUGAAAGCUGGGCAGCAUGAGAGGAGUGAUUGGUAGAAUUGGAAAGACAGUCCCAGAAUUGGAAAAAACAGUUUGUUUGGUGAGGAAGGUUGUAGCCCAAAGAGAAAACAAAGAUCUGAAAAAAGCUCCAGCUGUCAUUUCUAAUGAGAAAUUACUUGUUCUUCAACAGGAAAAUGAGAGGCUAAAGUCUGAAAUGGAAAAAAUGAAACUUCAUCUGAGGGGCCAGCUGAGUAUGCAUAAUGAAUCUAAAACCAAAGGAAUUGAAAAAGUCAUCACUGAAAAUGAGAGGCUGCAUAAAGAACUGAAAAGGGAAGCUGACAGUGGAGAGAAGCUACAUAUAGCAAAUUGCUUGGAGAUACUAAAUGAGAAGUUAACUGUACAGCUGGAGGAAACCAUUAGAAAGCUAAACUUGGGUAAGAGCCAAUUUGAUGGAGCUAACAUCAAAUGCUGCAAGUCUAUCAUAACAAGGAUGCAUGAAACUAAGAUGAAGAAAAUGGAAAUGGAUACUGCUAAAAAAACCCAAAACAGAUCUGCUGAUCUUAAACAGCUGCUCCAGGAAGCAACAGAACAUGAACAUAAUGCUGAUAAAAACUUAAAAGAUCUAAAAGAAUGA